AUGCCCACAUCCAAAAUUAUUUACAACGAAAAAACAAAUACGGCUUGGCAAAAAGCAUUUUUAUAUUUGGAUUACAGUACAUAUCCGGAGAGAAGUCAACGAGAAGAAUACAUUCGUCAGCAGUUUCUAAAUGAUUCGUCUUUGACUUAUUCCGAAAAGAAAGGUCUACUCAUUAGACUUCAACGACACUACGAUACUAUUAGAAUUCAAAAAUCAGACGAAAAAAGGCCAUGCCGAGACUGUUACGGUUGGUGCCAUGCCACACAGUACUGCGAACUGUGUAUUAGAAAUUAUUUGGAAAACGAUUUCAGAAAUUGGUCUUCGGGAAAUAAAGAAAUCGACAUGUUAAUUCAGGAAUGUCAGCAAAAUGCUAUUAGACCUAACUACAUUAUUGAAUGGAUUGAAUACAACAAAUUUCAGAACGUGACAUAUAAGGUGAAAGGUGGAUGCUCUACGAUAUACACAGCCAUAUGGAAAACCGGUCGUUAUUAUAAAUGGAACGGUGGAACGCAAUCAUUGGAAAGAUAUGGACGGCAAAAAGUGAUACUAAAAAGAUUGAAAAAUUCGGCGAAUAAUCACGGAAACUGGUUUCAAGAGGUUAAAUCGCAAUUUACUCUCGACAACACAUCAAAAUAUUUGGCUACGUGCUAUGGACUGACCAGAGAUCCGAAAAGUAAAGAUUAUAUGCUUGUCUUAUAUCCCUAUGACAAUGAUUUAAGGCAUUAUUUGAUGAAAAAUUUUCAAUCGAUGAGCCUUGCUCAAAAGUAUAUGAUCAUCAAAAGAUUAGCCAAGAGUCUGAGUAAAAUUCACGAGAAAAAUGCAGUGCAUCGUGAUUUGCAUUCGGACUCACAACAACACAAAUUAGUGAUCGAGAGUUUUGACGGUUAUGUAUUAACCUAUGAGAAUAUCGAAGAUAUCAAUCAGAUGUGGAAUAUUCAAACUCGAUGA